GUUUGCUGGAAGCUUCCAGCGAAUCGCGCCCCAACGCACCAGAAGAAAAAAAAAAAUUAAAUCCAGAGCAAGAAGGCAGACCAGCCAGACAAGCAAAAGUGUGCCUCGCUUCUUCUCUCCCCUUCUUCCUGUGUGUGGUGGUGCUCCCUGGCUUCCUUCUGCGUCUUUGGCAACACAGUCAAGCACAGACGCGGUGGUUGCCGAGAUCGUGCUGUGCUGUGCCUUACCUCUUCCUUCUUUUCGAAGAAGACAGCGCAAACCUUCGUCAUCCUCCCCGCCUCACCAGCGCCUUGCACGUUAGCACUGUUCUCGGAACCGUUGCUGACCAACAGUCAAUCCCAUCCUCCACACAGCUCACCUGCUGUCACAACCAACGUCUCUUAUCACGACCAACUUGACCAAACCUGGCCCCUAUCCCCCUCGAUUGGCGCUGGAUUCCACUCCGCUGUGCGGUUCCACGGCCUCUCCCCCCUUGCCGGUGACAGGAAGGGUCACGCAGGGCCAGCAGCAAGCCGCUCCGCCUCCACUCCGUCCCUUUUGUUGUCCUUGUGACUUGCAGAGUCAUCUGUUGUGAGCCACCACUCAGCCAGACAUGUCCAAGUCACCUCCGCCUGCCGAUACCACAGACUCGGCCGUGGAGCCAUGGCCCACCAACAAGGGCGCCUACACCAACAAGCGCGUCCUCGGGUCGGGAUCCACGGCCAGCGUGCAAAUUGCCACAUGCGGCAACAGGCAGUGCGCUCUCAAGAUUAUCAACCUUGAGUCUGAGGAUGUUGACUUGACGGAUGCCCAGCACGAGCUGAUGAUGAUGCGUGGUCUGCGCCACGAAAACCUCCUCCAGCUCUUCACCUCCUUUGCCCACGAGACAAAACUCUACGUUGUCAUGGAACUCUGCGAAUACGGCUCCUUUGCUGAUGUUCUUCUGCAGAUUGCACCUCCACGGCGAAAGCUUCCGUCCACUGCGGACAAGACGGAGCUGAUGGACGACCUGACUGUCGCCAACAUUGCAAAGCAGGUCCUCGAAGGCCUCAACUACCUCCACUCAAACUUUGUCAUCCACAGAGAUGUCAAGGCCGGCAACCUGCUGCUUGCUGAGGGCGGCGUUGUCAAGCUUGGCGACUUUGGCGUCAGCUCCCUCCUCGCCUCGAGCGUCACCGAUGCCCUCGACAGGAAACACUUUCGCGAAACCGCAAAGCGCCGCGCUGCCGCCAAGCAAACGUUUGAGGCGUCCAAGACAACGCUGGCCGGCACCCCUUGCUGGAUGGCCCCAGAGAUUCUCAACCAGAAACCCUACCGCUCCUCUGCUGACAUCUGGAGUUUUGGCAUCACCCUCGUCGAACUGGUCUCUGGCACAGCGCCAUACGCAAGCCUCGACAUGUCAAUGAUUCUUCGCAAAGCGGUUGAAGGGUACAUUCCCGACCUUGACAACCUCGAACUGCUCACGGGCCGCCAAUUCUCACCGUUUAAGUCUCUUCGAAAGCUGCUGAAGAAAGUGCUAGUGUACGAUCCUGACAAACGGCCCACAGCUGCUGAACUCCUCAAGGCAGAAUUCAUCAAGAAGGCAUCGAAAGUGCCGUCGCAGUACCUGCAGGAGUCACUACUGCCCCACCUCACCCCCGUGCACGGCGAGAUUGCGGCGUCAACCGUGCACCAGGCCACGGGCGCAGACACGGGGUGGGACUUUGGCGAGGACGACGAAGUGCAGGAGGCCCUGGCGGCGCUCAACCCGUACAGCAAGAAGUCGGCCGGCUCGAAGCAGCAGAUGGAUCAGCAGCAGCAGCAGCAGCAGCAGCAGCAGCAGCAACGUGAGGAGGGCAGUGAGACGGCGUCCAGCGGCCACAAGACCCCGACCCCCACGCCGCCAGCCACCCUCACCCCAGAGCAGCCACCAGCUGAUGCUGCUGCUCCAACUGCCGAGCAGCCCACUGCCACCACUGGCACUGCCGCUCAACAGCAACAGCAGCAGCCUCAGUCUGUUGAACAGCCUGUGGCACAGCAGCCCGUGCAGCAGCAGCAGCAGCAGCAGCAGCAGCAACAACAACAACAACAACAGCAACCAGCACAGCAGCAACAGCCACAAGAGCAGCAGCCAGCACAGCAGCAGCAGCAGCAGCAGCCGGUUGAGCGAACGCCGUCCCAAGGGAGUGACAUUGGGUCGCUCGCGUCGUCGGCGGACGGUGGUGAGUCACGGGCGUCCGGGCAGGUCACUUUCGACACCACCGUGUCCACCCCUUCCCCAGCGCCCUCAGCCACCGCCCCCGCCACCGCCCCCGCGGCUUCUGACGCCGUGCCACAGCAGCAGCCACCGCAGGAACAGCAGCAACAACAACAGCAGCCACCACAGCAGCAACAGCAGCAGGCCGUGGCGGCCCCGGAGCAGCCUGUGGUGCAGCAGCCCGUGCAAGCAUCAACCACCUCCACGCCCGCAACAGUACAGGCACCGGCCACCCCAGGCCAGGCAGGGGCAGAGCAGCAGCAACAGCAGCAGGCCGGUGGUGGCAAUGGCAGCGGCAACGGCAAGCCGCCGCUGAUUAUGGAGCAGGAAGCGCUUGGUGGGAUCCAGCAGCACCUGCAGAAGCUGUGCAGCAACAAAGAGCUGGUGCCGGGCGACUACCAGUUCAACCUGCGCAUCAGGAAACCCGAGGACAAGAAGAUGUUCACGGUGACGUUCACCAUCAACUGCCGCACGAGCGACGCGCUCGGCUUCACCAAGACGCUGGUCAGCUCGGGCUUCCUGCACGACAUGAAGGACCAGAUGGAGAUGAUUCGCGGCAUGGAUUUCCUCAUCAACAGGCCAGAGGCGAUUGCGUACCACUUUUGCGUGCACGGGCGCGAGGACCUGCCUGCCCUAAACACGCUCAACGUGAAUUCGCUGCCGGACCGGGUGGCGGUGAUUGUGCUUGUGCGGCACCUUCGGCUGGAGGAGCCGUGCAAGUCGCUGAUACAGCGGGCGCAGGAGGCGAAGAAGAAGGAGAAGAAGCACAAGAAGCUCAAGAAGGAGAAGAAGGAGAAGGAAAAGAAGGAGAAGGAGGCCGCCGGACAGCAGCAGCAGCAGCAACAGGACCAGCAGGAGCACCAGGGUAAUGAGCAACAGCAGGCACCACAUCAUCAACAACAACAAGCAGCUGAACAGGCACCACAACAGCAGGCACCACAUCAACAACAACAACAAGCAGCUGAGCAGCCCCAAGCCCCACCACCCCAAGCAAUGCAGCUCCAAGCCGCACCUCAGGAGGGUGACCCACAGCCUGGUGCCGGGCACCAGCAGCCGCCUGCGCAGGAAUCGCAGAGCACCCCGACGCCCACACAGCAGGCAGUACCACCACAAGACGCACAGCAACAACCACAAGAGCAGCAACCACAAGAGCAGCAACCGCAACAGCAGCAGCCUCCUGCCGCGUAG